AUGUCUGACGAUCUUUUCGGUCCUCCGGACCCAUACUUCAAUCCCGUGGACCAUCCCUCUCUUUCGACCUGGGCAUCCAACUCUUCUAACAUCGCCAGUGGCCGGUUCUACCAAAGAGCCUUUGGCGAUACCCGUUUGAGCAACUCCUUGGCUCUCAUUGUCUACCUGGCCCAGUGUGGCUAUUCAGAUACCGACUCCAUCCCAGCGGUGCUUAUCAACCUCAAAAACGCCAUCUACGAGCUGCUUCUCCACUGUGUCAGUGUGGACAGACCCACCUACACCCACUACAUCCAGCAGCUCUCAAAAAAGCUGGAUGUGUUGAUCACAAGGCUUAUUAUUCCAGCGUUAACAAAGACUCUGGAGCAGCCGGGGCUAGUUGUGGGACAGCUGAUCAUCAAGGAGGUUCAUGAACUCGUCAACCUCUUGUAUGGAUUCACCAACCCACUCAAGAUCCCUGGGGUACUUUCAGACGACCACAGCGUCGAUGGUCCUCAUGGUCUUCGUCUUUCAAGUUUUCACACCGUGACUCUUCUCUCUGUGGCAAGAAAGUUGCAGUCGGCCUUGAAUAGCCAGAUUAUGGCAGGAGAUACCAAAGUGGUGGGUUCAAACAGCACUCCUCUCAAUAUGUGGAACGAAUGGAUGGCGCUGCUGCUGCUGAUGGUGACUCGGCUUAUUGUGACCAUCUUGAAUAAUACCGUGCCCACAGCAACCGUCUUUGUCUACUUUGAGGACCUCUUGCGCCAGGAAGGUGUGGAUAUUCUUGACUUGGAGUACUUUGACGAGUUUCUCUCCCACUUCCAGCGGAUCAAUGAUUUUGCCAAAACGCAGAAAAAUUCGGCUCUUUUCAACGCCCAACGCCUUCUUAUCCAGGACCACUUCCUCCGGGUGAUCCGCUCUUUUCCUUGUCAUCCUCUCAGUUGGUGCACUGCCGCUCAGACGGUCAAUUAUUUGCAAGUGUAUAUCGACAUCUACAACGAUGUGUACAACGAUAAGCUUUUGAUUGAAAAGCUUGCUGACCAGCACGAAAGCACCGUUGUGAAGAGGGCCAUUGACUCUGACGAGGUCCCUGACGGUCACUUCCUCAAUUACCUCAGCAGAAGCCGACUUGCAUCCAAAGAAGUACCUGUGUUUGUCAAAUACUUUGAAGAAGACUCUGAUAGUACCGAAACUCGCGAGAAGGAGCUUCGUGUGCCUGUUAGCCAGCCCAAGAAUUCAGAAUCGUUCCGGAAAGCGUCCCAGAAGAACGUUGAUUGUUACCUCAACGGGACAGCAGCCAACUCGUCAAGAUUUAGCUCUCAAAAUCACAGAAAAGAUUUGCCCCAGGAUCCCAUUUACCUCAAGGUUUUCCGUCUCAAUGAAGAGGUGGCCCAUGAAGUCAGAGAGCUUCGAGCCAUGCAGGCGGAGCUGCUGGAAAUGCAAGUGUGUCCCGUGGCACAAGCAUAG